CCUGCGCCGGGAGCCAAACUUUUCAGUCCUCCGGAAACGGACCCCGGACCGGCAACGGCUGGGUGUGGUGCGACGGUCGUGGCUGGCGCGACUGGAGCUAGAGGAGUAAAGGGGUGCGAGCCUGGAUUCCGCUCCGUGGUGGAGCACCAUGGACGAAGCGGGCAGCUGUGCAAGCGGCGGAGGCUUCCGCCCGGGCGUGGACAACCUGGACGAGCCGCCCAACAGCCGCAUCUUCCUGGUGAUCAGCAAGUACACUUCCGAGUCGGUGCUGAGGGAGCGCUUCUCGCCGUUUGGGGAAAUCCAGGACAUCUGGGUGGUGCGGGACAGGCACACCAAGGAGUCCAAGGGCAUCGCCUUCGUCAAGUUUGCCCGCAGCUCGCAGGCCUGUAGGGCCAUGGAGGAGAUGCAUGGCCAGUGCCUCACCCCCAGCGACACCAAGCCCAUCAAGGUUUUCAUUGCUCAGUCCAGAUCAUCUGGAAGUCACCGAGAUGUUGAAGAUGAAGAACUUACAAGAAUAUUUGUUAUGAUACCAAAGUCCUACACAGAAGAAGAUCUACGGGAAAAAUUUAAGGUGUUUGGAGAUAUCGAGUAUUGCAGCAUUAUUAAGAAUAAAGUAACUGGAGAAAGUAAAGGCUUGGGCUAUGUUCGAUACUUAAAACCAUCACAAGCUGCCCAAGCAAUAGAAAACUGUGAUCGAAGUUAUAGGGCAAUCUUGGCUGAACCUAAAAAUAAAUCAUCUGAAUCCUCAGAACAAGAUUAUUAUAGUAAUAUGAGGCAGGAGACUUUGGGACAUGAACCUAGGGUAAAUAUGUUUUCAUUUGUUGGAGAACAACAAUCUGAAUUUUCAAGUUUUGACAAGAAUGACAACAGAGGCCAGGAAGCUAUCUCCAAACGCCUGUCAGUUGUAUCAAGAGUUCCUUUUACUGAAGAGCAGCUUUUCAGCAUUUUUGAUAUAGUACCAGGCUUGGAAUACUGUGAAGUCCAACGAGAUCCUUAUUCUAGCUAUGGUCAUGGAGUGGUUCAGUAUUUUAAUGUAGCAUCAGCUAUUUAUGCAAAAUACAAGUUACAUGGAUUUCAGUACCCUCCUGGAAAUCGGAUAGGUGUUUCCUUCAUUGAUGAUGGGAGUAAUGCAACAGAUCUCCUUAGGAAAAUGGCAACGCAGAUGGUAGCUGCACAGCUUGCAUCAAUGGUGUGGAAUAACCCAAGUCAGCAGCAAUUGCUGCAAUUUGGAGGAAGUUCUGGAUCACAGCUGCCUCAAAUCCAGACGGAUGUUGCACUACCAUCAUGCAAAAAAAAAGCUCCUCCUGACACUCCUGUGAAGGAAAGACUUUUUAUCGUGUUUAAUCCACAUCCUUUGCCUUUAGAUGUACUAGAGGAUAUAUUCUGUCGUUUUGGUAACCUGAUUGAAGUUUACCUCGUGUCAGGAAAAAAUGUGGGGUAUGCCAAGUAUGCCGAUAGACUAAGUGCUAACGAUGCCAUUACAACUUUACAUGGAAAGAUCCUGAAUGGAGUCAGACUCAAAGUUAUGUUGGCAGACUCCCCAAGAGAAGAAUCUAACAAACGACAAAGAACUUACUGAUUCUUUAG